UGCACACCAAGCAACGGUCACUCUAGGCCAGCCGGCAUUUAUUAUUUUUACGGAAAAACAGAAUAAUGGCAGAUAAAAAGGUGGGCGACGGCAAGGAGAAGCGGCGCAAGGAGUCGAUUCUGGACCUCUCCAAGUACCUGGAAAAGCAGAUCCGCGUGAAAUUCGCGGGCGGCCGCGAGGCAUCCGGAAUCCUCAAGGGCUACGAUGCGCUGCUCAAUCUGGUGCUGGACAACACGGUGGAGUAUCUGCGGGACUCCGACGAGCCCUACAAGCUGACCGAAACGAACCGCAGUCUGGGAUUAGUUGUGUGUCGCGGCACAGCGCUGGUCCUCAUUUGUCCACAGGACGGAGUCGAGAGCAUCGCCAAUCCGUUUAUAACGCAAUAAUCGGAG